ACCAUCGAUUGUUCUGCUCCAUACAGUCUUGGCUGUAGGGUUGUAAAUGAUACAGCAGAGUGCAUCUGUCCCGACUGUCCUGACACAGUAAGCCCUGUUUGUACAUCAGAUGACGUCCAGGACCGCUCGGAGUGCCUGAUGAAAAGACAAUCUUGCAUAACUGGAGACCUGGUGACUGUUGCUAAGAGUGGACCUUGCGAUAAGGAAUGCAGACCAAUGGCAGAUAUUGGAUUUGUCAUUGACUCGUCUGGAAGCAUUGGACGGAGCAACUGGGGAAGGAUGAAGCGAUUCCUCAAAGCGUUGGUCAGCAAACUUGACGUCAGUCCUUCCUAUACACACAUAUCAGCUGUUGCCUAUAGCAACAAUCCCGAGGUGGUGUAUCGGUUUAACAACCGCCAAGCAACAGAUGACGUCAACAACGCGUUUGACGGUAUGCGUUGGCAGCGCGGCUUUACUUACACGGACAAAGCUCUUUUGCUUGCGGACAGUGAUUUGUACAGGCCUUCCAACGGCAUGAGACCAAACGUUGCAAAGGUUUUGAUCGUCAUCACUGAUGGAGCACAGACAACAGCCAAAGCAUACACUCCGCUGCCAAUAGCAUCUGCAGGUGUAAAGAGCAAAGGAGUAGCAGUCUAUGCUAUUGGAGUUGGCAAGGGAGUAAAGGAGGCAGAGCUUAGAGAAAUUGCAUCCAGCCAAGAAAAUGUCUUUGUAUCAGCCUCUUUCAAGGAACUCCAUAACCUUGCAGUAGAAAUACGGAAGAGACUCUGCGACUUACCACCUCCAUUAACAACACCGACACCACUGCCAACACCUGCACCGUGCAAGGCCACGGCGGAUGUAGCUUUUAUCGUGGACUCAUCGGGAAGUAUUGGUCGUGGAAGAUGGCCGCUGAUGUUGAAUUUCUUGAAGAACAUCAUUAGUGCCUUCAAUGUUGGUCCAGAUGGUACCCAUGUAGCAGUAAUCGCCUACAGUAACGAUGCCAAGCUUGAAAUAGCCUUCGACUCCGUGUCCGGGGCGCAGAUUACUGCCGAAGAAUAUGGGAAGCGGAUCGAUAAGAUCGCAUUUCAGAGAGGCUUUACAUACAUCGACAAAGGCCUGAAAAUGGCAGAUGAACAAGUGUUUGUAACAAGCGCAGGAAUGAGGCCCAACGUACCACAGGUUGCCAUCGUCAUAACUGAUGGACAGCAGACAACUACCAAGGCGUAUACACCUUUGGAUCAAGCUUCCAAAGGAAUCAAGGACAAGGGAGUUGAGGUGUUCGCCUUAGGCAUCGGAUCAGGCGUUGACACUAGCCAGCUGCGUCAGAUUGCAAGCUCCAACGACAACGUGUUUACUGCUCCUGGAUUUGACGAGCUGGAGUCAGUUGUCAAGCCAAUUGUGGAAAAGACAUGUCCAACUAAACCUCCUGAUCCAUGCAAGACCAUCAAUUGUUCUGCUCCAUACAGUCUUGGCUGUAGGGUUGUAAACGAUACAGCGGAGUGCAUCUGUCCCGACUGUCCUGACACAGUAAGCCCUGUUUGUACAUCAGAUGACGUCCAGGAUCGCUCGGAGUGCCUGAUGAAAAGACAAUCUUGCAUAACUGGAGGCCUGGUGACUGUUGCUAAGAGUGGACCUUGCGAUAAGGAAUGCAGACCAAUCGCAGAUAUUGGAUUUGUCAUUGACUCGUCUGGAAGCAUUGGACGGAGCAACUGGGGAAGGAUGAAGCGAUUUCUGAAAGCGUUGGUCAGCAAACUUGACGUCAGUCCUUCCUUUACACACAUAUCAGCUGUUGCCUAUAGCAACAAUCCCGAGGUGGUGUAUCGGUUUAACAACCGCCAAACAACAGAUGACGUCAACAACGCGUUUGACGGUAUGCGUUGGCAGCGCGGCUUUACUUACACGGACAAAGCUCUUUUGCUUGCGGACAGUGAUUUGUACAGGCCUUCCAGCGGCAUGAGACCAAACGUUGCUAAGGUAUUGAUCGUCAUCACUGAUGGAGCACAGACAACAACCAAAGCAUACACUCCGCUACCAAUAGCAUCUGCAGGUGUAAAGAGCAAAGGAGUAGCAGUCUAUGCUAUUGGAGUUGGCAAGGGAGUAAACGAGGGAGAGCUUAGAGAAAUUGCAUCCAGCCAAGAAAAUGUCUUUGUAUCAGCCUCUUUCAAGGAACUCCAUAACCUUGCAGUAGAAAUACGGAAGAGACUCUGCGACUUACCACCUCCAUUAACAACACCGACACCACUGCCAACACCUGCACCGUGCAAGGCCACGGCAGAUGUAGCAUUUAUCGUGGACUCAUCGGGAAGUAUUGGUCGUCGAAGAUGGCCGCUGAUGUUGAAUUUCUUGAAGAACAUCAUUAGUGCCUUCAAUGUUGGUCCAGAUGGUACCCAUGUAGCAGUAAUCGCCUACAGUAACGAUGCCAAGCUUGAAAUAGCCUUCGACUCCGUGUCCGGGGCGCAGAUUACUGCCGAAGAAUAUGGGAAGCGGAUCGAUAAGAUCGCAUUUCAGAGAGGCUUUACAUACAUCGACAAAGGCCUGAAAAUGGCAGAUGAACAAGUGUUUGUAACAAGCGCAGGAAUGAGGCCCAACGUACCACAGGUUGCCAUCGUCAUAACUGAUGGACAGCAGACAACUUCUAAAGCGUAUACACCUUUGGAUCAAGCAUCCAAAGGAAUCAAAGACAAGGGAGUUGAGGUGUUUGCCUUAGGCAUCGGAUCAGGCGUUGACACUAGCCAACUGCGUCAGAUUGCAAGCUCCAACGACAAUGUGUUUACUGCUCCUGGAUUUGACGAGCUGGAGUCAGUUGUCAAGCCAAUUGUGGAAAAGACAUGUCCAACUAAACCUCCUGAUCCAUGCAAGACCAUCGAUUGUUCUGCUCCAUACAGUCUUGGCUGUAGGGUUGUAAACGAUACAGCGGAGUGCAUCUGUCCCGACUGUCCUGACACAGUAAGCCCUGUUUGUACAUCAGAUGACGUACAGGACCGCUCGGAGUGCCUGAUGAAAAGACAAUCUUGCAUAACUGGAGACCUGGUGACUGUUGCUAAGAGUGGACCUUGCGAUAAGGAAUGCAGACCAAUCGCAGAUAUUGGAUUUGUCAUUGACUCGUCUGGAAGCAUUGGACGGAGCAACUGGGGAAGGAUGAAGCGAUUUCUGAAAGCGUUGGUCAGCAAACUUGACGUCAGUCCUUCCUAUACACACAUAUCAGCUGUUGCCUAUAGCAACAAUCCCGAGGUGGUGUAUCGGUUUAACAACCGCCAAGCAACAGAUGACGUCCACAAUGCGUUUGACGGUAUGCGUUGGCAGCGCGGCUUUACUUACACGGACAAAGCUCUUUUGCUUGCGGACAGUGAUUUGUACAGGCCUUCCAGCGGCAUGAGACCAAACGUUGCUAAGGUAUUGAUCGUUAUCACUGAUGGAGCACAGACAACAACCAAAGCAUACACUCCGCUACCAAUAGCAUCUGCAGGUUUAAAGAGCAAAGGAGUAGCAGUCUAUGCUAUUGGAGUUGGCAAGGGAGUAAACGAGGCAGAGCUUAGGGAAAUUGCAUCCAGCCAAGAAAAUGUCUUUGUAUCAGCCUCUUUCAAGGAACUCCAUAACCUUGCAGUAGAAAUACGGAAGAGACUCUGCGACUUACCACCUCCAUUAACAACACCGACACCACUGCCAACACCUGCACCGUGCAAGGCCACGGCAGAUGUAGCAUUUAUCGUGGACUCAUCGGGAAGUAUUGGUCGUCGAAGAUGGCCACUGAUGUUGAACUUCUUGAAGAACAUCAUUAGUUCCUUCAAUGUUGGUCCAGAUGGUACCCAUGUAGCAGUAAUCGCCUACAGUAACGAUGCCAAGCUUGAAAUAGCCUUCGACUCCGUGUCCGGGGCGCAGAUUACAGCCGAAGAAUAUGGAGAGCGGAUCGAUAAGAUCGCAUUUCAGAGAGGCUUUACAUACAUCGACAAAGGCCUGAAAAUGGCAGAUGAACAAGUGUUUGUAACAAGCGCAGGAAUGAGGCCCAACGUACCACAGGUUGCCAUCGUCAUAACUGAUGGACAGCAGACAACUUCUAAAGCGUAUACACCUUUGGAUCAAGCAUCCAAAGGAAUCAAAGACAAGGGAGUUGAGGUGUUCGCCUUAGGCAUCGGAUCAGGCGUUGACACUAGCCAACUGCGUCAGAUUGCAAGCUCCAACGACAACGUGUUUACUGCUCCUGGAUUUGACGAGCUGGAGUCAGUUGUCAAGCCAAUUGUGGAAAAGACAUGUCCAACUAAACCUCCUGAUCCAUGCAAGACCAUCAAUUGUUCUGCUCCAUACAGUCUUGGCUGUAGGGUUGUAAACGAUACAGCGGAGUGCAUCUGUCCCGACUGUCCUGACACAGUAAGCCCUGUUUGUACAUCAGAUGACGUCCAGGAUCGCUCGGAGUGCCUGAUGAAAAGACAAUCUUGCAUAACUGGAGACCUGGUGACUGUUGCUAAGAGUGGACCUUGCGAUAAGGAAUGUAGACCAAUCGCAGAUAUUGGAUUUGUCAUUGACUCGUCUGGAAGCAUUGGACGGAGCAACUGGGGAAGGAUGAAGCGAUUCCUCAAAGCGUUGGUCAGCAAACUUGACGUCAGUCCUUCCUUUACACACAUAUCAGCUGUUGCCUAUAGCAACAAUCCCGAUGUGGUGUAUCGGUUUAACAACCGCCAAGCAACAGAUGACGUCAACAACGCGUUUGACGGUAUGCGUUGGCAGCGCGGCUUUACUUACACGGACAAAGCUCUUUUGCUUGCGGACAGUGAUUUGUACAGGCCUUCCAACGGCAUGAGACCAAACGUUGCAAAGGUUUUGAUCGUCAUCACUGAUGGAGCACAGACAACAACCAAAGCAUACACUCCGCUGCCAAUAGCAUCUGUAGGUGUAAAGAGCAAAGGAGUAGCAGUCUAUGCUAUAGGAGUUGGCAAGGGAGUAAACGAGGCAGAGCUUAGAGAAAUUGCAUCCAGCCAAGAAAAUGUCUUUGUAUCAGCCUCUUUCAAGGAACUCCAUAACCUUGCAGUAGAAAUACGGAAGAGACUCUGCGACUUACCACCAACAACAACAACACCAACACCACUGCCAACCCCUGCACCGUGCAAGGCCACGGCAGAUGUAGCAUUUAUCGUGGACUCAUCGGGAAGUAUUGGUCGUCGAAGAUGGCCGCUGAUGUUGGAGUUCUUGAAGAACAUUAUUAGUGCCUUCAAUGUUGGUCCAGAUGGUACCCAUGUAGCAGUAAUCGCCUACAGUAACGAUGCCAAGCUUGAAAUUGCUUUCGACACAUUGUCUGGGGCACAGAUUACUGCCGAAGAAUAUGGAAAGCGGAUCGAUAAGAUCGCAUUUCAGAGAGGCUUUACAUACAUCGACAAAGGCUUGAAAAUGGCAGAUGAACAAGUGUUUGUGACAAGCGCGGGAAUGAGGCCUGGUGUUCCCAAAAUUGCUAUUGUAAUUACGGAUGGCCAACAGACGACAACUAAUCAGUUUACCCCGUUGGACAUUGCAUCUCAAGGGAUUAAAGACAAAGGAGUAAAAGUUUUUGCGCUAGGAAUUGGCUCUGGCGUCAAAGUUGAAGAGCUACAAAAGAUUGCAAGCUCUAGCGACGACGUGUUUACUGCUCCUGGAUUCGACGAACUUGUGUCUGUUGUAAAGCCAAUUGUGGAAAAGGCUUGUCCAAAGGAACCCGAAGAUCCAUGCGCAGCAAUUGGUUGUAAAGCCCCUUAUAACAUAGGCUGCAGAAAUGUCAACAACACAGCAGAGUGCAUUUGCCCCACAUGUCCUUACAUCGACAGCCCUGUUUGUACUUCAGACGAAGUCCAAGAUAUGUCUGCCUGCUUCAUGAGAAGGCAGUCAUGUUUAAGUGGUGAUCUUGUGACUGUUGCGAAGAAUGGACCAUGCGAGAAGGAAUGCACGCCCAUCGCAGAUAUUGGUUUUGUUAUCGACUCAUCUGGAAGCAUUGGACGGAGCAACUGGGCAAGAAUGAAGAGAUUCCUCAAAUCGUUGGUCAGUAAACUUGACGUCAACCCUUCCUAUACGCACGUAUCAGCUGUUGCCUAUAGCAACAAUCCCGAGGUGGUGUAUCGGUUUAACUUCCCCCAAGCAACAGAUGACGUCAACAAUGCGUUUGACGGUAUGCGUUGGCAGCGCGGCUUUACUUACACAGACAAAGCUCUUUUACUGGCAGACAAUGAUUUGUACAAGCCUUCGAACGGCAUGAGACCGAACGUUGCAAAGGUUUUGAUAGUCAUCACCGAUGGAGCACAAACAACAACAAAAGCAUACACUCCGCUAGCAACAGCGUCUGCAGGUGUAAAGAGCAAAGGAGUUGCAGUCUAUGCUAUUGGAGUUGGCAAGGGAGCAAACGAGGCAGAGCUGAGAGAAAUUGCAUCCAGCCAAGAAAAUGUCUUUGUAUCAGCCUCUUUCAAGGAACUCCAUAGCCUUGCGGUAGAAAUACGGAAGAGACUCUGCGACUUACCACCUCCAUUAACAACACCGACGCCACUGCCAACACCUGCACCGUGCAAGGCCACGGCGGAUGUAGCAUUUAUCGUGGAUUCAUCGGGAAGUAUCGGUCGUCGAAGAUGGCCGCUGAUGUUGGGUUUCUUGAAGAAUAUCAUUAGUGCCUUCAAUGUUGGUCCAGAUGGUACCCAUGUAGCAGUAAUCGCCUACAGUAACGAUGCCAAGCUUGAAAUAGCUUUCGACUCCGUGUCCAGGGCGCAGAUUACUGCCAAAGAAUAUGGAAAGCGGAUAGAUAAGAUCGCAUUUCAGAGAGGCUUUACAUACAUCGACAAAGGCUUGAAAAUGGCAGAUGAACAAGUGUUUGUGACAAGCGCAGGAAUGAGGCCCAAUGUACCUCAGGUUGCCAUAGUCAUAACUGAUGGACAGCAGACCACUACUAAGGCAUAUACACCUUUAGAUCAAGCUUCCAAAGGAAUCAAAGACAAGGGAGUGGAAGUGUUCGCCUUAGGCAUCGGAUCAGGCGUUGACACUAGCCAGCUGCGUCAGAUUGCAAGCUCCAACGACAACGUGUUUACUUCUCCUGGAUUUAACGAGCUGGAGUCAGUUGUCAAGCAAAUUGUGGAAAAGACCUGUCCAACUAAACCUCCUGAUCCAUGCAAGACCAUCAACUGUUCUGCUCCAUACAGUCUUGGCUGUAGGGUUGUAAACGAUACAGCGGAGUGUAUCUGUCCCGACUGUCCUGACACAGUAAGCCCUGUUUGUACAUCAGAUGACGUCCAGGACCGCUCGGAGUGCCUGAUGAAAAGACAAUCUUGCAUAACUGGAGACCUAGUGACUGUUGCUAAGAGCGGACCUUGCGAAAAGGAAUGCAGACCAAUCGCAGAUAUUGGAUUUGUCAUUGACUCAUCUGGGAGCAUUGGGCGGAGCAACUGGGGAAGGAUGAAGCGAUUCCUCAAAGCGUUGGUCAGCAAACUUGACGUCAGUCCCUCCUCAACGCACAUAUCAGCUGUUGCAUAUAGCAAUAAUCCCGAGGUGGUGUAUCGGUUUAACAACCGCCAAGCGACAGAUGACGUCAACAAUGUGUUUGACGGUAUGCGAUGGCAACGCGGCUUUACUUACACAGACAAAGCUCUUUUGCUGGCAGACAAUGACUUGUACAAGCCUUCGAACGGCAUGAGACCGAACGUUGCAAAGGUUUUGAUAGUCAUCACCGAUGGAGCACAAACAACAACAAAAGCAUACACUCCGCUAGCAAUAGCGUCUGCAGGUGUAAAGAGCAAAGGAAUAGCAGUCUAUGCUAUUGGUGUUGGCACAGGAGCAAACGAGGCAGAGCUGAGAGAAAUUGCAUCCAGCCAAGAAAAUGUCUUUGUAUCAGCCUCUUUCAAGGAACUCCAUAGCCUUGCGGUAGAAAUACGGAAGAGACUCUGCGACUUACCACCUCCAUUAACAACACCGACGCCACUGCCAACACCUGCACCGUGCAAAGCCACGGCGGAUGUAGCAUUUAUCGUGGACUCAUCGGGAAGUAUUGGUCGUCGAAGAUGGCCGCUGAUGUUGGGUUUCUUGAAGAAUAUCAUUAGUGCCUUCAAUGUUGGUCCAGAUGGUACCCAUGUAGCAGUAAUCGCCUACAGUAACGAUGCCAAGCUUGAAAUAGCCUUCGACUCCGUGUCCGGGGCGCAGAUUACUGCCAAAGAAUAUGGAAAGCGGAUAGAUAAGAUCGCAUUUCAGAGAGGCUUUACAUACAUCGACAAAGGCUUGAAAAUGGCAGAUGAACAAGUGUUCGUAACAACUGCAGGAAUGAGGCCCAAUGUACCACAGGUUGCCAUAGUCAUAACUGAUGGACAGCAGACCACUACUAAGGCAUAUACACCUUUGGAUCAAGCGUCCAAAGGAAUCAAAGACAAGGGAGUGGAAGUGUUCGCCUUAGGCAUCGGAUCAGGCGUUGACACUAGCCAGCUGCGUCAGAUUGCAAGCUCCAACGACAACGUGUUUACUUCUCCUGGAUUUAACGAGCUGGAGUCAGUUGUCAAGCAAAUUGUGGAAAAGACAUGUCCAACUAAACCUUCUGAUCCAUGCAAGACCAUCAACUGUUCUGCUCCAUACAGUCUUGGCUGUAGGGUUGUAAACGAUACAGCGGAGUGUAUCUGUCCCGACUGUCCUGACACAGUAAGCCCUGUUUGUACAUCAGAUGACGUCCAGGACCGCUCGGAGUGCCUGAUGAAAAGACAAUCUUGCAUAACUGGAGACCUAGUGACUGUUGCUAAGAGCGGACCUUGCGAAAAGGAAUGCAGACCAAUCGCAGAUAUUGGAUUUGUCAUUGACUCCUCUGGAAGCAUUGGGCGGAGCAACUGGGGAAGGAUGAAGCGAUUCCUCAAAGCGUUGGUCAGCAAACUUGACGUCAGUCCCUCCUCAACACACAUAUCAGCUGUUGCAUAUAGCAAUAAUCCCGAGGUGGUGUAUCGGUUUAACAACCGCCAAGCGACAGAUGACGUCAACAAUGUGUUUGACAGUAUGCGAUGGCAGCGCGGCUUUACUUACACGGACAAAGCUCUUUUGCUGGCAGACAGUGAUUUGUACAAUUUUGCGAACGGCAUGAGACCAAACAUUGCAAAGGUUUUGAUAGUCAUCACCGAUGGAGCACAAACAACAACAAAAGCAUACACUCCGCUAGCAAUAGCGUCUGCAGGUGUAAAGAGCAAAGGAAUAGCAGUCUAUGCUAUUGGAGUUGGCAAGGGAGCAAACGAGGCAGAGCUGAGAGAAAUUGCAUCUAGCCAAGAAAAUGUCUUUGUAUCAGCCUCUUUCAAGGAACUCCAUAGCCUUGCGGUAGAAAUACGGAAGAGACUCUGCGACUUACCACCUCCAUUAACAACACCGACGCCACUGCCAACACCUGCACCGUGCAAGGCCACGGCAGAUGUAGCAUUUAUCGUGGACUCAUCGGGAAGUAUUGGUCGUCGAAGAUGGCCGCUGAUGUUGAAUUUCUUGAAGAACAUCAUCAGUGCCUUUAAUGUUGGUCCAGAUGGUACCCAUGUAGCAGUAAUCGCCUACAGUAACAAUGCCAAGCUUGAAAUAGCCUUCGACUCCGUGUCCGGGGCGCAGAUUACUGCCAAAGAAUAUGGAAAGCGGAUAGAUAAGAUCGCAUUUCAGAGAGGCUUUACAUACAUCGACAAAGGCUUGAAAAUGGCAGAUGAACAAGUGUUCGUAACAAGCGCAGGAAUGAGGCCCAAUGUACCACAGGUUGCCAUAGUCAUAACUGAUGGACAGCAGACCACUACCAAGGCAUAUACACCUUUAGAUCAAGCUUCCAAAGGAAUCAAAGACAAGGGAGUGGAAGUGUUCGCCUUAGGCAUCGGAUCAGGCGUUGACACUAGCCAGCUUCGUCAGAUUGCAAGCUCCAACGACAACGUGUUUACUUCUCCUGGAUUUAACGAGCUGGAGUCAGUUGUCAAGCAAAUUGUGGAAAAGACAUGUCCAACUAAACCUCCUGAUCCAUGCAAGACGAUCAACUGUUCUGCUCCAUACAGUCUUGGCUGUAGGGUUGUAAACGAUACAGCGGAGUGCAUCUGUCCCGACUGUCCUGACACAGUAAGCCCUGUUUGUACAUCAGAUGACGUCCAGGACCGCUCGGAGUGCCUGAUGAAAAGACAAUCUUGCAUAACUGGAGACCUAGUGACUGUUGCUAAGAGCGGACCUUGCGAAAAGGAAUGCAGACCAAUCGCAGAUAUUGGAUUUGUCAUUGACUCAUCUGGAAGCAUUGGGCGGAGCAACUGGGGAAGGAUGAAGCGAUUCCUCAAAGCGUUGGUCAGCAAACUUGACGUCAGUCCCUCCUCAACACACAUAUCAACUGUUGCAUAUAGCAAUAAUCCUGAGGUGGUGUAUCGGUUUAACAACCGCCAAGCGACAGAUGACGUCAACAAUGUGUUUGACGGUAUGCGAUGGCAACGCGGCUUUACUUACACGGACAAAGCUCUUUUGCUGGCAGACAAUGACUUGUACAAGCCUUCGAACGGCAUGAGACCGAACGUUGCAAAGGUUUUGAUAGUCAUCACCGAUGGAGCACAAACAACAACAAAAGCAUACACUCCGCUAGCAAUAGCGUCUGCAGGUGUAAAGAGCAAAGGAAUAGCAGUCUAUGCUAUUGGAGUUGGCAAGGGAGCAAACGAGGCAGAGCUGAGAGAAAUUGCAUCCAGCCAAGAAAAUGUCUUUGUAUCGGCCUCUUUCAAGGAACUCCAUAGCCUUGCGGUAGAAAUACGGAAGAGACUCUGCGACUUACCACCUCCAUUAACAACACCGACGCCACUGCCAACACCUGCACCGUGCAAGGCCACGGCGGAUGUAGCAUUUAUCGUCGAUUCAUCGGGAAGUAUUGGUCGUCGAAGAUGGCCGCUGAUGUUGAAUUUCUUGAAGAACAUCAUCAGUGCCUUUAAUGUUGGUCCAGAUGGUACCCAUGUAGCAGUAAUCGCCUACAGUAACAAUGCCAAGCUUGAAAUAGCCUUCGACUCCGUGUCCAGGGCGCAGAUUACUGCCAAAGAAUAUGGAAAGCGGAUAGAUAAGAUCGCAUUUCAGAGAGGCUUUACAUACAUCGACAAAGGCUUGAAAAUGGCAGAUGAACAAGUGUUCGUAACAAACGCAGGAAUGAGGCCCAAUGUACCACAGGUUGCCAUAGUCAUAACUGAUGGACAGCAGACCACUACUAAGGCGUAUACACCUUUGGAUCAAGCGUCCAAAGGAAUCAAAGACAAGGGAGUGGAAGUGUUCGCCUUAGGCAUCGGAUCAGGCGUUGACACUAGCCAGCUUCGUCAGAUUGCAAGCUCCAACGACAACGUGUUUACUUCUCCUGGAUUUAACGAGCUGGAGUCAGUUGUCAAGCAAAUUGUGGAAAAGACAUGUCCAACUAAACCUCCUGAUCCAUGCAAGACGAUCAACUGUUCUGCUCCAUACAGUCUUGGCUGUAGGGUUGUAAACGAUACAGCGGAGUGCAUCUGUCCCGACUGUCCUGACACAGUAAGCCCUGUUUGUACAUCAGAUGACGUCCAGGACCGCUCGGAGUGCCUGAUGAAAAGACAAUCUUGCAUAACUGGAGACCUAGUGACUGUUGCUAAGAGCGGACCUUGCGAAAAGGAAUGCAGACCAAUCGCAGAUAUUGGAUUUGUCAUUGACUCCUCUGGAAGCAUUGGGCGGAGCAACUGGGGAAGGAUGAAGCGAUUCCUCAAAGCGUUGGUCAGCAAACUUGACGUCAGUCCCUCCUCAACACACAUAUCAGCUGUUGCAUAUAGCAAUAAUCCUGAGGUGGUGUAUCGGUUUAACAACCGCCAAGCGACAGAUGACGUCAACAAUGUGUUUGACGGUAUGCGAUGGCAACGCGGCUUUACUUACACGGACAAAGCUCUUUUGCUGGCAGACAAUGACUUGUACAAGCCUUCGAACGGCAUGAGACCGAACGUUGCAAAGGUUUUGAUAGUCAUCACCGAUGGAGCACAAACAACAACAAAAGCAUACACUCCGCUAGCAAUAGCGUCUGCAGGUGUAAAGAGCAAAGGAAUAGCAGUCUAUGCUAUUGGAGUUGGCAAGGGAGCAAACGAGGCAGAGCUGAGAGAAAUUGCAUCCAGCCAAGAAAAUGUCUUUGUAUCGGCCUCUUUCAAGGAACUCCAUAGCCUUGCGGUAGAAAUACGGAAGAGACUCUGCGACUUACCACCUCCAUUAACAACACCGACGCCACUGCCAACACCUGCACCGUGCAAGGCCACGGCGGAUGUAGCAUUUAUCGUGGACUCAUCGGGAAGUAUUGGUCGUCGAAGAUGGCCGCUGAUGUUGAAUUUCUUGAAGAACAUCAUCAGUGCCUUUAAUGUUGGUCCAGAUGGUACCCAUGUAGCAGUAAUCGCCUACAGUAACAAUGCCAAGCUUGAAAUAGCCUUCGACUCCGUGUCCGGGGCGCAGAUUACUGCCAAAGAAUAUGGAAAGCGGAUAGAUAAGAUCGCAUUUCAGAGAGGCUUUACAUACAUCGACAAAGGCUUGAAAAUGGCAGAUGAACAAGUGUUCGUAACAAGCGCAGGAAUGAGGCCCAAUGUACCACAGGUUGCCAUAGUCAUAACUGAUGGACAGCAGACCACUACUAAGGCAUAUACACCUUUAGAUCAAGCUUCCAAAGGAAUCAAAGACAAGGGAGUGGAAGUGUUCGCCUUAGGCAUCGGAUCAGGCGUUGACACUAGCCAGCUUCGUCAGAUUGCAAGCUCCAACGACAACGUGUUUACUUCUCCUGGAUUUAACGAGCUGGAGUCAGUUGUCAAGCAAAUUGUGGAAAAGACAUGUCCAACUAAACCUCCUGAUCCAUGCAAGACCAUCAAUUGUUCUGCUCCAUACAGUCUUGGCUGUAGGGUUGUAAACGAUACAGCGGAGUGCAUCUGUCCUGACUGUCCUGACACAGUAAGCCCUGUUUGUACAUCAGAUGACGUCCAGGACCGCUCGGAGUGCCUGAUGAAAAGACAAUCUUGCAUAACUGGAGACCUAGUGACUGUUGCUAAGAGCGGACCUUGCGAAAAGGAAUGCAGACCAAUUGCAGAUAUUGGAUUUGUCAUUGACUCAUCUGGAAGCAUUGGGCGGAGCAACUGGGGAAGGAUGAAGCGAUUCCUCAAAGCGUUGGUCAGCAAACUUGACGUCAGUCCCUCCUCAACACACAUAUCAGCUGUUGCAUAUAGCAAUAAUCCCGAGGUGGUGUAUCGGUUUAACAACCGCCAAGCAACAGAUGACGUCAACAAUGUGUUUGACGGUAUGCGAUGGCAGCGCGGCUUUACUUACACGGACAAAGCUCUUUUGCUGGCAGACAGUGAUUUGUACAAUUUCGCGAACGGCAUGAGACCGAACGUUGCAAAGGUUUUGAUAGUCAUCACCGAUGGAGCACAAACAACAACAAAAGCAUACACUCCGCUAGCAAUAGCUUCUGCAGGUGUAAAGAGCAAAGGAAUAGCAGUCUAUGCUAUUGGUGUUGGCACAGGAGCAAACGAGGCAGAGCUGAGAGAAAUUGCAUCCAGCCAAGAAAAUGUCUUUGUAUCGGCCUCUUUCAAGGAACUCCAUAGCCUUGCGGUAGAAAUACGGAAGAGACUCUGCGACUUACCACCUCCAUUAACAACACCGACGCCACUGCCAACACCUGCACCGUGCAAGGCCACGGCGGAUGUAGCAUUUAUCGUGGACUCAUCGGGAAGUAUUGGUCGUCGAAGAUGGCCGCUGAUGUUGGGUUUCUUGAAGAAUAUCAUUAGUGCCUUCAAUGUUGGUCCAGAUGGUACCCAUGUAGCAGUAAUCGCCUACAGUAACGAUGCCAAGCUUGAAAUAGCCUUCGACUCCGUGUCCGGGGCGCAGAUUACUGCCAAAGAAUAUGGAAAGCGGAUCGAUAACAUCGCAUUUCAGAGAGGCUUUACAUACAUCGACAAAGGCUUGAAAAUGGCAGAUGAACAAGUGUUCGUAACAAGUGCAGGAAUGAGGCCCAAUAUACCACAGGUUGCCAUAGUCAUAACUGAUGGACAGCAGACCACUACUAAGGCGUAUACACCUUUGGAUCAAGCGUCCAAAGGAAUCAAAGACAAGGGAGUGGAAGUGUUCGCCUUAGGCAUCGGAUCAGGCGUUGACACUAGCCAGCUGCGUCAGAUUGCAAGCUCCAACGACAACGUGUUUACUUCUCCUGGAUUUAACGAGCUGGAGUCAGUUGUCAAGCAAAUUGUGGAAAAGACAUGUCCAAUACCACCUCCAUUAACAACACCGACGCCACUGCCAACACCUGAACCGUGCAAGGCCACGGCGGAUGUAGCAUUUAUCGUGGAUUCAUCGGGAAGUAUUGGUCGUCGAAGAUGGCCGCUGAUGUUGGGUUUCUUGAAGAACAUCAUUAGUGCUUUUAAUGUUGGUCCAGAUGGUACCCAUGUAGCAGUAAUCGCCUACAGUAACAAUGCCAAGCUUGAAAUAGCCUUCGACUCCGUGUCCGGGGCGCAGAUUACUGCCAAAGAAUAUGGAAAGCGGAUCGAUAAGAUCGCAUUUCAGAGAGGCUUUACAUACAUCGACAAAGGCUUGAAAAUGGCAGAUGAACAAGUGUUUGUGACAAGCGCAGGAAUGAGGCCCAGUGUACCUCAGGUUGCCAUAGUCAUAACUGAUGGACAGCAGACCACCACCAAGGCAUAUACACCUUUGGAUCAAGCUUCGAAAGGAAUCAAAGACAAGGGAGUGGAAGUGUUCGCCUUAGGCAUCGGAUCAGGCGUUGACACUAGCCAGCUGCGUCAGAUUGCAAGCUCCAACGACAACGUGUUUACUUCUCCUGGAUUUAACGAGCUGGAGUCAGUUGUCAAGCAAAUUGUGGAAAAGACAUGUCCAAAUGCUUGUGAGAUCUUUCCCUGUAAGGCACCUCACAACAUCGGUUGUAGAGUGGUUGACGGUCAAUCAGAGUGUAUUUGUCCAACCUGCCCUGCUACGUCCAGUCCAGUAUGUGCUUCUGAUGAUGUACAAGACACAAGUGAGUGCUUUACGAAGAGACAGGCGUGUCUCACUUCAACUCCAAUUAGUGUUGCCAGGAGGUCACCAUGUGUACCCGAAUGUAGAAAAGCGGCAGAUAUCGCCUUUAUAGUGGACUCCUCUGGAAGCAUUGGUAAGACGAACUGGGAACGAACAAAACGAUUCCUGAAGAGAAUGGUCAGCAAACUGGACAUAGGACCUUCCACCACCCAUGUUGCUGUGAUCACUUACAGCACUAAUCCCGAAACUGUCCUGCGCUUCAACACACUCCAAGGAGACAGACUUAACGUGGCAGAGGUCAACAAUGUUUUGGACGGAUUGCGGUGGCAAAAAGGACGGACUUACAUAGACAAGGCUUUAGACACAGCCGCUUUAGACAUAUUUACCACAAGGCGAGGCAUGAGAUCAAACGUACCGAAGAUGGCUUUUGUCAUUACGGACGGUAAACAGACCAAGACAGGCUCCUACACCCCUCUAGGAUUAGCCGCUAAGCCUCUAAGAAAUAUGGGAGUCCAGAUGGUUGCUAUUGGAGUUGGCAAGAGGAAUGUUGUGGAUGCCCGUGAACUGUUGGAGAUCGCCGGACAAGAUAACUAUGUGUACGUCAUAGAGUCCUUCGAAGAACUACAGAACCCAGGCCAAGCAAAAAUUUUCAGGCAGAGAGUUUGCCAAGCUCGAUUACGUUUAGGGCGUUAAGUCGCCGUAUUUACCGCUGAGCACCUACCCGAGACCCCUUCACUAGCACCGCGCCACAUCUACUAAUGAAAGCGAUGACUUGAAUUCCGUAGUAACGUAUUAGUAUAAGUUUGCUCACGCAAAUAUCAGUCUUAACAUACGAUAGCUAUCUAAUCAAUAAAACGUAUCCACGGAUUAAAAUGGAAAAGGCUCAACGUGAAAGGAAACAAAUUUACCGAAUGAAUUUUAGAGGCUUUAUGUGAGACUGCGUCAGAAAGAAUUUGUGUUAGAGUUAUGAACGUUGGCACAGUAGUUUAGGUAACUUAACGCUUCAUAUUAAUUUAGCGCUUUUACUUUUUCGUAGCUGCAGAUGGCUUUAAUUCUCGCGAUUGAGAAUAUUAGCGAGGGUGCGAAAAUGCUCAAAUAUCGAAAACGUAGAUCUCAAAGACUCAAAAGGAUAAAUUAAGCAACUUUUGAAACUCCAAAGUGAGGGACACUUUCAUUAAAUUUAGAGUCUAUAAAGCGCAUUGCGAAUAUCUCAAGCAUAUCAGUAAUAGUAAGUAGCACGGCUAUUCAAUCACGGCUAUUAAAAUCCAACGAACAUUCAA